UUUGCCAUCACUAGAUGGCAAAUUUUUAGUUGUGUUUAUUUAAGUUACAAGUUUUUCGUAAAAAUACACUAUUUACAGAAAUUUUAACACGUUAUUAUACCAAAAUUGGUCAUGAGCGAUGUGCUGAAAAACUCCCAGGAGCGAUCCCGCAAGCGGCGCUUGCUUUUAGCGCAAACCUUCGGUCUGUCUAGCGUGGAUGAGUUGAAGAAGGUCUUAGGCAAUGCGGAGGACACUAACAACAGUCGCCAGCUGAAUCCCAGCGGCCAGAGGGAGGAGGAGGAUGGCGGCGCUUCGUCUUCGAAGAAAACUCCAAAUGAAAUCAUUUACAGGGACUCAUCCACGUUUCUGAAGGGGACACAGUCUUCCAAUCCACACAACGACUACUGCCAGCACUUUGUCGACACGGGACAGCGUCCCCAGAACUUUAUCCGUGACGUGGGCCUGGCCGAUCGCUUCGAGGAGUAUCCCAAGCUGAGGGAACUUAUUAAGCUGAAGGACAAACUCAUCCAGGACACGGCAUCUGCUCCCAUGUAUCUGAAGGCGGAUCUAAAGACGCUGGAAUUCAAGACAUUAGGCACCAAGUUCGAUGUAAUUCUGAUUGAGCCACCGCUGGAGGAGUAUGCGAGGGCAGCGCCUUCGGUGGCCACCGUUGGAGGAGCACCACGUGUCUUUUGGAACUGGGAUGAUAUACUUAAUUUGGAUGUGGGUGAGAUAGCCGCCCACCGCUCAUUUGUGUUUCUUUGGUGCGGCUCUUCGGAGGGCCUGGACAUGGGUCGUAACUGCCUCAAAAAGUGGGGCUUCCGUCGUUGUGAGGAUAUCUGCUGGAUACGCACAAAUAUCAACAAGCCCGGCCACUCCAAGCAGCUCGAGCCGAAGGCUGUCUUUCAGCGCACCAAGGAGCACUGCCUGAUGGGCAUCAAGGGCACUGUACGCCGCUCCACCGAUGGCGAUUUCAUCCAUGCCAAUGUAGACAUUGAUUUGAUCAUAUCGGAGGAGGAGGAGUUCGGUAGUUUCGAGAAACCCAUCGAGAUCUUUCAUAUUAUCGAGCACUUUUGCUUGGGCCGCCGGCGCCUGCAUUUGUUUGGCCGAGACUCAAGCAUCCGACCAGGAUGGUUGACUCUUGGGCCAGAGCUGACGAACUCCAAUUUUAAUGCGGAGGUCUAUCAAACGUACUUUGCGGAGGCUCCGGCUACGGGUUGCACCAGCCGGAUUGAGCUACUGAGGCCCAAGAGUCCGCCACCGAAUAGCAAGGUGCUAAGGGGACGAGGACGGGGCUUUCCACGUGGUCGUGGCAGGCCUAGAUAGCCAGCACUGUCUCAUUUUUAACUCCCAUCAGCAACUUUUCUGCAUGUAUUCUAGUGUCUAAGAUCAAGAUUUUUUAAGGGAUUAGAUUAAGAUUAAAGACUAUAUUUGCUGCAA